UGUGUCCAGUUCGUCCAUCGUUGGUUUUGCUGUUGAGCGUGACGUCAUUAACAUACUGUUACUGGUUGCCAUGGACAAGCCGAGAAGUUACAGAUGAAGGGCGCGAUGAUGAACCACGAGCUACAUCUUUGCAAUGUGACGGUCCACUUACGCAGAUUGAGUGUAAAGUGAGAUAUACAAAGCGACCAUACAGUGAAACCGGGGCAGCCGUGACUUGUAGUUUAGAAGAUGGUCUUGAAUGCAUCGCUGCAGAAGAUGCUGGCCACUGCCCUGACUUUGAGACUAGAUAUUGGUGUAAUUAUACAGGUGGGUUACCAAUUUAUCACCAUAAUUUGAGCGAUGGACCUCGACUUUUUGAUUCGAGUAUGACACCCGAGGAAUUCUGCUCAAGUCUAGAUCCAGAUGAGUUGGGCUACAAUGUGAUACAACCAAUCGGUGCUGAAUUCGGUCUGACCCCCGCCCCUCCAGUGUUGAAUUAUGCCUGCUCUAUCUCCGUAAGUAGCGGUGCAUAUAUUGACUUGUAUGGCAGUUUGUGUAUCUCCGACCCCAGCCGUUGUAGUACGGGCAACUCAACGUGGUCUAUUUGGUUGAAAAUAAACCGCGCGGACAAUCUUGGUGACGUCGUUUUCGUAUCUUCUGGAUCGCCAACCACUACGGGUGUGUUUGUCUCGCAGACCGGCGACAGCGUCUUACGGUAUGGUGCAACUGCUGGGGUGUCAUGGCUGCUUUACUCACGCACUGCUAUACCUGAUGGUGAAUGGUUCCAUUUAGCUGUGACGAUAAACUACAAUGAUGAGAAACUGAGUGGGUAUAUCAAUGGGCAACCUGAUCAAAUUAACAAGGGGCCAAAUGUUAGAAGACCGAGCGAUACACCCGAUCCGGUCUCAUCGCUUAAACUUGGAGCACAGAGUAACAUGACUGGUCAGCAAAGUGCUACUGCAUCGUAUAGUGACUUACGGGUAUAUGAAAAACUACUGGAUCCUGUAGAGAUUGAACAGAUUCAUACGUGUGGAACAAUUGUUGGGAAUGACAAAGUCGUGGUGUGGAAGAUCCAACCAUUAGAGUCCAGGAACCCAAAUGAGUUGAGAUACCAGUGCACCGUCCGAAGUAGACCACCUAUGUACCCUGCUAUAUUAAACAGUGCAUGGAGGCUGUACACUCCCACAGACUACGGUCGGGUAUCCAUCACCUUUUUAAGGAAUACACCUACAGAAGGAACUACAGUGACUCAGACACCAGCCGUCAGCCCAUGCUUCUACCAGCUUGAAUUGGUCAUAGAUAAAUACAUGUUGAGUCAACGUUUGGACUUAGACUAUCUUGGUACCCGGCAAGAUGGAAGUGGGACUGCAAAGUUCUUGGCAUGUGAUGUGUGGAACAUCUAUGAAACAUUGGAGUUACAUGAAGAUUUGAGCUACUCCUUGACCCAGUGGUACAGUAGCAUUCGAUCAAUGGAGGAUGACAUUGGCGACAACGAAACCAUCGCAAACAUCAAUAAGGUAUAUGAAGUCGGGGUAUGCGGCCAUCCCAUCGGUAUUGAAUGCAGACAACGCUACACCAUGAAGUCAUGGAGCUUUCUUGUGGGAAAUGAGCAGUUGAAAAAUACCACUUGUGACCAAAAUGAAGGGCUCAUCUGUCUUCAUAACAAUCAAGUUAGUGGUAGUCAGUGCCCGGAUUUUGAAGUGCGUUUCCUGUGUGCCGGCAAAAGAGAUAAAAUUGAGAUUCAGUCACUGUUUGUUACUGAGGUGUCAACGUUACGUCUGCAAGCAGAGUGUAGCACUAGCCCUGGACCCUACACUAUAUUAUGGGGUCUAUACACGGUAGACACUGACCGUCUCACUAGCCUUAAUGCUACAACCACCGGUGUGACUAUAGUAGAGGCAUUAGAUGGGGCGGUCUACAAGUCAACUCUUACCCUCGAUGAUCCUCCGUUGGGCCAGUAUGCAUACAUUGUAUGUAAUGUUAUGCCGUGUGACUCGAGCAGUGGGCUCCAACCGGUGUAUGACUCACUCAAGAUUGAUAACGCAUGGCGGGGAAAACUGGUGUACUUCGUCUACACACCAGUCGACUAUUAUGGCUCCGAUGUAUCCGUUCGAUGUGAAGCUCACAAUGACAUGGUCCAUGAAAUGCAGUGGAAGUGGGCACCCCUCAUCAAUGGGACAUCAGGUACCCAUCCGCUGAACCCACUGGAACCCUACUCUAGAACUGGGUACAUGGGUGGCAGUAGUAGGAUCAGUGUGACGAACUUCCAGCCUGAAGAUAAUGGAAAGUACAUCUGUGUUAUAAAUUGGUUGUAUGAAGUGGCUUUAACACUACAAGGGCCUACGAUAGUACCAACCUCCCCUGCACCAACCACUCCUCAAAAAACCACGACAUCUGCACCAACUACAAUAACUCCAUCUACAAUUCCUGUAACAACAAUGGUGGAAACAACAACGAUGAAACAAAGCACCACAUCUGACAGUACAACAUCAACUACCAGUAGUCCAUCAACUUGGCAAUCCACAUGGCAGUCCACUAGGCAAUCCACUGUUCAACAGUCAACUAGUCCAUCAACUACUCAUCAGUCAACUAGUCCGUCAACUGAACAAUCAACCACUCAAGCAAGUUAUCAGUCCACUGUGCUUUCAACCACACUGCCUUCAACAAGUGAAGUUCAAACUGAAGUAGUUGGAGUCACCCCAUCGUGGUGCUCUCUUCCUGAUGUGAACAGCUAUCAGACGGCAAUUGAAUGCAGCAAUGCGAGUCGACUUCUUAUCAGCGAUGGUAUGCUGUCUGAUGACGAGAAAGAAGAGCUGCAAGAUUUCCUGAAGCUUGUUGGAUCUCUGCCUUCUGAUGUGCAGCUCUCAUUCUCAGAAGCCGACGCCAUUACUGAGCUUACUCUUGGUGUGUUUGUGAAACUGACUGAUCAGGAUCAGAAAUUGUCAAUUAAAGAGGAAAUGGACAUCUUGGCUGAUACUGAAGACGCCUUGAAACUCCUUGCAGGAACAUUGCUUCCUCAAACAUGUACACAAGUCAAAAUUACAUCUUGCAGUGCCAAUCUGUGCCAUGCUUCAUCCCUAAGUACCUUAGAUGGGUAUACUUAUACCCAUAAGGUGGGUAUAAACCCCAAUGAGACGGGUGAACAUACCACGUCAUAUGAAGAGACACUGGAGUUCGAUCUAUCAAAGGAAGAUCCUGAUGCAGUAGGGGAAGUCAAGUUGGUCAUCAUGAGGAAAGAAAGAGCAAUGCAACCGUCUGAUUCCAUCGACUUAUACCAUCUGGAUGAGGAAGAAACACACAACAAGUCUUGGAUUCAAUUGAACAGCGCAUUCUUAACCUUCUCGAUAUAUGAAGAUGAUAUUCGGAAGUCAGUCCCAGUUAUAUUCAGCUUAAGUCAUAACAUGGAAGUGGUGAAUGGUUCGCUCCAAAAUAACUCAGUAACAGUCAACACUACGAGGGAGGCAGUCUGUGUGUUUUGGGACGCAGAAGAAACCAAUCCAACCACCCAAUGGUCACCGCGGGGUUGUGGUGUAGUACCAGCUAAGUCAGCCAAGUCGUUUACCCAAUGCUCAUGCAACCAUUCUACAAACUUUGCUGUUCUAAUGCAGGUGAAGUCAUAUGAGAUUUCAAGUGCUGAUUCCCUGGCGCUUACAUGGAUCACAUACAUUGGAUGCAGUACAUCAAUGAUCAUGCUGGUUCUAACGUUAACGGUCUUCUGUUAUUUGGGGUCCAUGUUGAGGUCUGACCGCAUCUUCAUCCACACCAACUUAUCCAUAGCCAUCCUGUUAGCUCAGAUUCUGUUCAUUGCUGGGAUAGACAGAACUGAAAACAGAAUUGUGUGCAAGGUUGUAGCUUUGUCACUGCAUUUCUCCUACCUUUCCGUCUUCGGUUGGAUGAUGGUAGAGGGCGUGCAUCUCUACAUGAAGGUGGUCAAAGUCUAUGGUAGUGAGAACAUUAAGAUGUAUCCCUACCUACUGAUUGGAUGGGGCAUUCCUGGCAUCAUAACGCUUGUGUCAUUUGGAGCCAGUAAUGAGGGCUAUGGGACGGGUACCAGUUGUUGGUUGGACAUCUCCUCUGGAUUAAUCUGGGCUUUUGUGGCCCCAGCUCUGGUUGUCAUAGCAAUCAACAUGAUUGUGUUGCUGUUGGUUGUGCGUAUUAUCAUCAAAUCAGCCCACUUGAACAAGGAAAAACACUAUGACCACAUCAAAGCCGGUAUCAAGGGUGCCGUUGUGUUACUCCCAAUCCUGGGCCUAACUUGGGUCUUUGGACUACUGGCUGUAAACAGCGCCACCAUCGUGUUCCAGUAUCUCUUCACCAUCUUUAACUCGUUCCAAGGGCUCUUCAUAUUUCUGAUUCAUUGCGUCUUCAAUUCGGAGGUCAAAGCAGCGUUGAAGCGCAAGAGAGAGAAGCGUAAACUCAACAAUGAGAGAAACACAAUGGAAAACUCUAUGACGUUUGUGUAUUCAUCCAAGAAGUCAACUGAUACACAGAACACACCCAACACUAGUAGACGCAAUCUGCACCGAGAAACUACAGACACAACAUCUCUCAGCUCAGGAUUAUCCAGCAGACCAGGUAGUGGAACAUCCCUGUUUGUAGUCACCCCAACACACAAACACAAGAAUCGUCCACAUAGCGGCAAUGUUGCACCGAUGGUAAUUACCGAGGCUGAUGACGAAGCACUUUUGUACCUCUAAGUACAUCACACGUCCAUCACACAUUGUUCUGGUAAGCAAAACCUGCAACAGAGUUUUCCCCAGGAAGCUUUAUGUGCUAUGAAAAACGAAAGCUUGUAAAUAGUUUCGCAAAAUAUGUAAUCUUCUUUGGCUAAAUCACAAUAGACACCUUGCAAUGGCCGCCAUCUUUGAUGAAACGUGCACGCGUGAACGUCUUUCAUUGGUUGAGAGUAUUGCGUAACGCGUGCACUUUCCCAUUGUUUUACAUCAAAGAUGGCGGUCUAUGACGUCAUGUGCAAUCCAUUAUAUGCAGUUCGCCUAAUAGGGGACUUUUGGGACACUUGGUAGCAGCAGACUUACCAGGUAAAAUCCAUUGCUCUUAGUAAUGUGCGCAUGCUCAGAACUACGUAAACAAUGACAAUUUACCUGGUAAGUCUGCUGCCACCUAGCGUUCCAAAGUCUCAUAUUCUCAAGGAUGUACAACCAUUCUUUGCUGUUUUAGCAUUUAGCUGGUGAUGUUAAAGAAGGUUUCUUAACAUCACCUUACGGAGCUAUUUACAUUGAAAACAUAAAGGAUUCUUUAUAGGCAUUGCACAGUUAUAAAUAUUACAUAAAGGCUUGAAUUAAACAUGCUUGUUGACAACAAAUACAAAUGUGUAUUUCACAAUAUUCUAUAUGAUAUAGAGGUGCUCCAAUGUCAAAUUCAGUUUUGUGGGCACUCAUUUUUCAAAAGAUAAGGUUCUGAUGACAUUUUGGAACAAAGAUAAAAAUCUCAAACCUUACGUUUACCUAUAGUGUAAAUUGCUGUCAUUUAAAUUUGUAUACUCUCUCCCACAGCAAAAUUUGAAUUCAAUGCAUUGAUAUAAACAACAACUGGGUCUGUGUAUACAUUCCACAGAGGAUUGUGUGCAUCUGUCUGUGACAUGGUCAAAUCCGACGCAUUUUUGAUUGAACUGAAAAUGCCCUACACAAAAAUGUACCCGACGUCAUUGAAUGUUUAUAAAAUAUGCACUGAAAUUGCACCAGAUACGACGGCAUUUUACACCUAGUCCCAAUUUCAUGGAGCUGCUUAGCACACAUAUUUGCUUAGCGUGAAAUUUAUUCCCUAAUAAAAACAGCCGUACCUACAAAUUUUUCAUUUGCUGCAUAUUGCUUGUUACCGGUAUUUAGCAAUAGUUUGCUUAUCCUUAAAAUCACGUUGAAAUUUGGUUGGUAAUCCUGUUUUUAUCGAGGAAGAAAUUUCAUGCUAAGCAAAUUUGUGUGCUUAGCAGCUCUAUGAAAUUGGGCCCUGUUUAGCAUGAGAGUGAAUAUAGACUUGCAACUUCUCUACUUUCAUAAUGACCUUAUCCUUUUGAAAUAAUUGCAUCGCAAACUGGUUUUUAUCUUUAAUACAGGCCCUCUUUAAGUGCAAUUGUACAGUAUAAGAUACAUUAAAGUACGUAAUCUAUAGUAUAUUAUAUAAUAUAAGUAGGUUUGUUUCUUAAUAUCCAGUUAAACAUCUAAUUGAAUUCUUAAUCUAUUUUUUAAAUUUGUAAAGAUAGUAAAAUAACUUGAUUGCAACAUCACUUAGGUUUUAUUUCUACCUCUUAGACUGCAACAAAUAUAUUUACUAGAUUUGUACAGGUAUUUAAAAUGCGUGGAAUACCACAUUGCUUGCGAAGUAAUGGUUCAAAAUAUUAUAAUAGAGGAUCACUGGUUUAAAUCCAUUAACGAGAAUUAUAUUCAAUGUACAUAAAAUAUUAUACAUCUUUAAUAGCAAUGGUUUUUGUCUGCACUGAUCUAUUGUUCCAUCAAAAGAGUUGCUUAUUGAAAUGGCGCCUAGCAGUGCACACAUUUCAGCCACACAGAGUUCCUGACUCUUCAGCACUCUGUAAUCUUUGGUCAAAACAAUGCGGACAUGCACACCACAAUCAAAUUGUAUACAGUAGAAAAAUUAACGCUUAUAAAUUCGACCUUUAAUAGUUGCCAACUCUUUUGACAAAAGUAACCUUUAGUUUUGUGAAAGUUCAACUAUUCUUACUUAGUAUAAAAAUCGUAUAUCUCUCCUUGAA